AUGUCGUCCAAUUACUCGGCAAACCAGUAUGACAGAGCCUACACCCCGCAGAAGUUGAAGAACUGGGGUGGACUAAACACUUCAAAGAGGCCAACAGCACGGGUGGGCCAUACCUCCUUCAUUGCUGAUGACAGAGGGCAUCUACUCCCAGGAAAGAAGAAGAGGGGCAGUAAAUGGUCAGACUUUGUGGGGACCUGGGAUCUACCUGCUCGUACCCCAUCACAACCCAUCAACGCCACGUCUCGCUCUCAGGAGGGUCUCCCACAGCAAAGCAACGGGCCUCUGCCACACAGAGGCAGCAGAAGCACAGAUAAACUGCCCGAUGUUGGCGAGGAGACCAGUGGGGGUGUACAGCAGGACAGUGCUGCUCAAACUCUGCAGCUGAAGCCGGAGCGUCUUCUCAGAACAGCCCCCCCUUCACCGGGAGCGACAGAGCUGCCAGCCAGGGCAAUGAUUCACAAGCAAGAGUGGCCGGAUCGCCAGAUGAACGAGCUGCUCUUGCUGCAGUGA